AUGGUGGAUUGUUUGUCAUGGCCUUGGGUAGUGGGAAGUUUCAAGGCCGUAUUCCAGAGAGACUUCGACAUGGCAUUGCGACUCGCUCUGAAUAAUGAUGAAAAUACAUGUCGAGGGGAGGCUAUACGUUCCCUAACAACCUCCAAACCUAUUAUGGUCUUCCGGUCGAUUUACUACACCAGGCUUGGGUUUUGGGGAUAUUUUCUCCACUCUUCCACCACCUCUCCGACUUUCGCACUUACGCUCUGGAUAACACUGAUAUAUAUUGAUACGGGCAAUAAGUACGUGAAGGGUGAGGGAUGUCAGACUUUCUCACCAGCUAUCUUUGUCUAUCUCGACCAGCUAGGCAUGUCCGGGUGUCUCGACCGCGACGAAGGGCUGGAUUACGUUAUACUCCAGAGAGAACAACUGGAAGACUUUCGAUUAAUGGAGAACGGAGAAGAAACCAUGAAUGCUUCUUAUAAUUAA